GGUGUUGCGGCAGGACAAGAGCACACUUGUGCAAUGAGAGCUACGGCGGUGUGGGCGGCGCUGCUGCUACAGCUGGCAGUCGUAGCGGCGGCGCCCUGGAACACGGGCUGCCUCUUCUCCAGGGACCCAGACUGUUGGCGAUCGCACGCAGGUACAAGUGUGGAUAAUCACGCCCUUGGGACACUUCACACACAGAAUUCGGCACUUACCCCAGCAAAAGACAAGACUGACAACAGAUGGCCACAUAUCCGACAGCAGGAAGCAGAAAAUGGCGAAAGUGAACAAAAUCAUCUAGUCGAUGUAAAGAAAAAGUACUUACAUGAAUUGACGAGACUCUUACAAGGUAUUAUGCCAGAGAGGGAAGACAGAAGUAGGAGCGACAGCGACAGUAUCAGUGACAGCAGCAGCAGCAGCAGCAGCAGUAGCGACAGCGACAGCAGCAGCAGCAGCAGCAGUAGUAGUAGCAGUGAAGAGAACAAUAUUAGUAACACUGAAAACAGUAGCAGUAAUGAAUUUGGAAGUGGACAAGAUGGACUUAGUGGAGAGAAUGGAAGUGGAAGUGGAGGUGGUAGUGGAGGACAAGCUGGUAGUGGAGGAUCUGGAAGUGGCAGUGGAAAUGGUGGAAACGGUGGUAAUGGAGGCAAUGGUGGGGACGGUGGAGACAGUGUAACUGGAGGAGAUGGAGGGGAUGGUGGAAAUGGAGGUAAUGGUGGAGAUGCAGGCGACAGCAGCAAUGGUGGUGAUGCCGGUGAUGGAGGAGAUGGUGGUGAUGGAGGCAAUGGUGGUGAUGCUGGCAAUGGAGGUGAGGGUGGCAAUGGUGGUGAUGGAGGAGAUGGAGGAAAUGGCAGUGAUGGUGGAGAUGGCGGGGAUGGAGGCAGUGGUGGUGAUGCUGGCAAUGGAGGUGACGGUGGCAAUGGUGGUGAUGGAGGCAAUGGAGGUAGUGGUGGCAAUGCUGGAGAUGGAGGAGAUGGUGGUGAUGGAGGUGACAGUGGCAAUGGCGGUGGUGCUGGUGAUGGAGGUGAUGGUGGCAAUGGUGGUGAUGGUGGAGAUGGAGGUGAUGGUGGAAAUGGAGGCGAUGGUGGAGAUGGAGGUGAUGGAAGCAGUGGUGGUGAUGGUGGUAAUGGAGGUGAUGGUGGAAAUGGAGGCGAUGGUGGAGAUGGCGGUGAUGGAAGCAGUGGUGGUGAUGCUGGCAAUGGAGGUGACGGUGGCAAUGGUGGUGAUGGAGGCAAUGGAGGUAGUGGUGGUGAUGCUGGAGAUGGAGGAGAUGGUGGUGAUGGUGGUGAUGGAGGCAAUGGAGGUAGUGGUGGUGAUGCUGGAGAUGGAGGAGAUGGUGGUGAUGGUGGUGAUGGAGGCAAUGGUGGUGAUGCUGCAGAUGGAGGAGAUGGUGGUGAUGGUGGUGAUGGAGGCAAUGGUGGUGAUGCUGGUAAUGGAGGUGAUGGUGGAAAUGGAGGCGAUGGUGGAGAUGGCGGUGAUGGAAGCAGUGGUGGUGAUGCUGGCAAUGGAGGUGACGGUGGCAAUGGUGGUGAUGGAGGCAAUGGAGGUAGUGGUGGUGAUGCUGGAGAUGGAGGAGAUGGUGGUGAUGGUGGUGAUGGAGGCAAUGGUGGUGAUGCUGCUGAUGGAGGAGAUGGUGGUGAUGGUGGCAAUGGAGGCAACGGUGGUGAUGCUGGAGAUGGUGGAAAUGGAGGCGAUGGUGGUGAUGGAGGUGAUGGAGGCAGUGGUGGUGAUGCUGGAGAUGGAGGUGAUGGAGGCAGUGGUGGUGAUGCUGGAGAUGGAGGAGAUGGUGGUGAUGGAGGCAAUGGUGGUGAUGCUGGUGAUGGAGGUGAUGGUGGAAAUGGAGGCAAUGGAGGUGACGGAGGCAGUGGUGGUGAUGGUGGCAAUGGAGGAGAUGGAGGAAAUGGAGGCGAUGGUGGAGAUGGAGGUGAUGGAGGCAAUGGCAGUGAUACUGGUGAUGGAGGUGAUGGUGGAAAUGGCGGUGAUGGUGGAGAUGGCGGUGAUGGAAGCAGUGGUGGUGAUGCUGGCAAUGGAGGUGACGGUGGCAAUGGUGGUGAUGGAGGCAAUGGAGGUAGUGGUGGUGAUGCUGGAGAUGGAGGAGAUGGUGGUGAUGGUGGUGAUGGUGGCAAUAGUGGUGAUGCUGGUGAUGGAGGUGCUGGUGGAAAUGGUGGUGAUGGUGGAGAUGGAGGUGAUGGCGGCAGUGGUAGUGAUGCUGGCAAUGGAGGAGAUGGUGGUGAUGGUGGUGAUGGAGGCAAUGGUGGUGAUGCUGGUGAUGGAGGAGAUGGUGGUGAUGGUGGCAAUGGAGGCAACGGUGGUGAUGCUGGAGAUGGUGGAAAUGGAGGCGAUGGUGGUGAUGGAGGUGAUGGAGGCAGUGGCGGUGAUGCUGGAGAUGGAGGUGAUGGAGGCAGUGGUGGUGAUGCUGGAGAUGGAGGAGAUGGUGGUGAUGGAGGCAAUGGUGGUGAUGCUGGUGAUGGAGGAGAUGGUGGUGAUGGAGGCAAUGGUGGUGAUGCUGGUGAUGGAGGAGAUGGUGGUGAUGGAGGCAACGGUGGUGAUGCUGGUGAUGGAGGUGCCGGUGGAAAUGGUGGUGAUGGUGGAGAUGGAGGUGAUGGAGGCAGUGGUAGUGAUGCUGGCAAUGGAGGAGAUGGUGGUGAUGGUGGUGAUGGAGGCAAUGGUGGUGAUGCUGGUGAUGGAGGAGAUGGUGGUGAUGGUGGCAAUGGAGGCAACGGUGGUGAUGCUGGAGAUGGUGGAAAUGGAGGUGAUGGUGGUGAUGGAGGUGAUGGAGGCAGUGGUGGUGAUGCUGGAGAUGGAGGUGAUGGAGGCAGUGGUGGUGAUGCUGGAGAUGGAGGAGAUGGUGGUGAUGGAGGCAAUGGAGGUGAUGCUGGUGAUGGAGGAGAUGGUGGUGAUGGAGGCAACGGUGGUGAUGCUGGUGAUGGAGGUGCUGGUGGAAAUGGUGGUAAUGGUGGAGAUGGAGGUGAUGGAGGCAGUGGUAGUGAUGCUGGCAAUGGAGGAGAUGGUGGUGAUGGUGGUGAUGGAGGCAAUGGUGGUGAUGCUGGUAAUGGAGGAGAUAGUGGUGAUGGUGGCGAUGGAGGCAACGGUGGUGAUGCUGGAGAUGGAGGUGAUGGUGGAAAUGGAGGCAAUGGUGGUGAUGCUGGUGAUGGAGGUGAUGGUGGAAAUGGAGGUAAUGGCGGAGAUGGAGGUGAAGGAGGCAGUGGUGGUGAUGCUGGAGAUGGUGGAGAUGGUGGCGAUGGAGGAAAUGAUGGUGAUGCUGGCGAUGGAGGUGAUGGUGGAGAUGGAGGUGAUGGUGGAGAUGGAGGUGAUGGAGGCAGUGGUGGCAAUGCUGGAGAUGGAGGAAGUGGUGGUGAUGGUGGUGAUGGAGGCAAUGGUGGUGAUGCUGGAGAUGGAGGAGAUGGUGGAAAUGGAGGUGAUGGUGGUGAUGGAGCUGAUGGAGGCAGUGGUGGUGAUGCUGGAGAUGGAGGAGAUGGUGGUGAUGGAGGCAAUGGCGGUGAUGCUGGCGAUGGUGGUGAUGGUGGAAAUGGAGGCGAUGGUGGAGAUGGAGGUGAUGGAGGCAAUGGUGGUGAUGCUGGUGAUGGAGGUGAUGGUGGAAAUGGAGGUAAUGGCGGAGAUGGAGGUGAAGGAGGCAGUGGUGGUGAUCCUGGCAAUGGAGGUGAUGGUGGUGGUGGAGGUGAUGGUGGAAAUGGCGGCAAUGGUGGAGAUGCAGGUGAUGGAGGCAGUGGUGGUGAUGCUGGCAAUGGAGGCAAUGGUGGUGAUGCUGGAGAUGGUGGAAAUGGCGGUGAUGGCGGAGAUGGAGGUGAUGGAGGCAGUGGUGGUGAUGCUGGCAAUGGAGGUGAUGGUGGCGAUGGAGGUGAUGGUGGAAAUGGCGGCAAUGGUGGAGAUGCAGGUGAUGGAGGCAGUGGUGGUGACGCUGGCAAUGGAGGCAAUGGUGGUGAUGGUGGAGAUGGUGGAAAUGGCGGUGAUGGUGGAGAUGGAGGUGAUGGAGGCAGUGGUGGUGAUGCUGGCAAUGGAGGUGAUGGUGGAAAUGGUGGUGAUGGUGGAGAUGGAGGCAAUGGUGGUGAUUCUGGCAGUGGUGGCAGUGGAGGAAGUGGAGGAGAUGGUGGUAAUGGUGGAAGUGGUGGCAGUGAUGGCAGUGAUGGUAGUGAUGGCACUGAUGGCAGUGACGGAGGCAAUGGUGAUGAUGCUGGAAAUGGAGGUGAUGGUGGGGAUGGAGGAGAUGGAGGUAAUGGAGGCAGUGGUGGCGAUGCUGGCGAUGGUGGUGAUGGUGGGGAUGGAGGUAGUGGUGGAGGUGCUGGUAAUGGUGGUGAUGGUGGAAGUGGUGGUGAUGGUGGAGAUGGAAGUGAUGGAGGCAGUGGUGGUGAUGCUGGUGAUGGUGGCAAUGGUGGUGAUGGAGGCAAUGGUGGUGAUGCUGGUAAUGGAGGCGAUGGUGGAAAUGGUGGAGAUGGAGGUGAUGGAGGCAGUGGUGGAGAUUCUGGCAAUGGAGGUGAUGGUGGAAAUGGUGGUGAAGGUGGAGACGGUGGCAAUGGUGGUGAUUCUGGCAAUGGAGGAGAUGGUGGAGAUGGUGGUGAUGGUGGAAAUGGAGGCAGUGGUGGUGAUGCUGGGGAUGGAGGUAAUGGUGGCAAUGGUGGUGAUGGAGGUGAUGGUGGUGAUGCUGGUAAUGGUGGAGGUGGAGGAAGUGGAGGUGAUGGUGGAAAUGGAGGAGAUGGAGGAGAUGGAGGCAAUGGUGGUAAUGGUGGCAACGGAGGUAAUGGUGGAGAUGGUGGUAAUGGAGGUAAUGGUGGAGAUGGUGGAGAUGGCGGUAAUGGAGGUAAUGGAGGUGAUGGUGGAGAUGGUGGUGAUGGUGGCAACGGAGGUAAUGGAGGUAAUGAUGAUGAUGGCCAGUCUAAUAAUGAAAGUGGCAGCAGUGAUGGAGGCAGUGAUUCUGAUGGUGGCAUUGGUGACUGCCCGGCCGUCGGCAGUUGUCCAUUACACGAAGAUGCUGGAUCAGAUGUUACACUGUUGCCCCAUGCCACUGAUUGUGGACAGUAUUGUGUAUGUGACCAUGGCGUUCCAGUAGCCAUGCCUUGUCCUGCAGGACUCCACUUCAACCCAGAGCUGAGAGUCUGCGACUGGCCAUAUGCUGCUGGUUGUGAGGUACAGAACUAA